CGCGUCCUCCAGUCCGGUAGACAGCGCUGCGCGUGCAUCAACUUAGUCCUUCAAGAGAAGUUGUUUUGAAAACGCCAGUGUUCAAAUACACACAGUCCAGAAAAGGGACAUCGUCUUUAAUCAUUUAACUCUCUCACCAGAAGGCCAGCAGUGUUAUAUCAUCGAUCCACUUAAUGCUGUGCCCUUAGGCCAGCGUUUCAAAUGAACAUGUCUCUUGCUCAAAGAGUUCUCCUGACAUGGAUCUUCACACUUAUAUUCCUUAUCAUGCUGGUCCUCAAGUUGGAUGGGAAGAUAUUUUGGAGCUGGUUCCUCAUCUUCCUUCCUGUCUGGACCUUUGAUCUUAUUCUCCUCCUCAUGCUCAUUGUCAAAAUGGCAGGUCGGUGCAGGCCGGGCUUUGAGCCUCGCAACGGGGCGGAGAACUUGAAGAAGCGCCUGUGGUACCUCAUGGCCAUGCUGCUUAAACUGGCAUUUUGUCUGACGCUCUGUGCCAAACUAGAAGGCAUAAUGGACAUCUUGGUGAGCUCUGUUUGCAUCCCUCUGUGGGCACUGCUCAUCGGAGCUAUGGCCGAACUGGGCUACAACGUUUUCCACUUUAGAAGAGACUGAACAUAUGAAUGGUAUUCUUUGAAAGCCAGCUUUACUGUAUUCUUCGGGAAUGAAAUCAUCUUGAAAGUAGAUGUUAUUCAUAAAGAAGGGAAUAUAUAACGGACAAUUAGAAUGUACAUCUGUUUCGAGCUCUUUAUCAGGAGUUGCUUGUUUCUUUCAGGCUCAAGAGUGACUAUGCUGAAUAGCUUACGUUUCUGGUUCACAAUGAUGCAGGGAGGGUUACGUAUUUUGGCUCUGUUUGCAGACAUGCAUGCAUCGAACCACCAGCCUGAGCUGUAAUAGGCCCCGCAGUUUCCAGAGGGAUAAUGGUCAUUGUCUCUGUCCGGAGUGGUAAAGAGUUUCUGGUCGUGAUUGUACUUCUUACUAAACUGCAUGGCAUUACCA